ACUCACGGAGACUGCUUGCAUAUUAGUCGUCCAAAUUAUCUUGAUACCUGUCUAGAAUGGAAACACGUACAUAUUUGGCCUAAGUAAGAAACAUGAGUGUUGAAGUGAAUAAAAGUUUAUUUGUCAUUUAAUUUACAGUGAUACUAUUGUGAUUUCUUUAGUUAAAUACUUGAAAAAGAGAAGUGAAAGUAGGGAAUUGAUUUAUCAACCAAGUGUCAAAUUAGUUUGGAUAUUUUUUUUUAGUUUUUAACAAAUAAUGCACAGUGAUACGGAAGAUUCUGUGUUUAGUGAUAAACAUGCAAACUUUGAAGCUCACUACUCGGUGGAAAAUGAGGGAUGCCGCGUAUUGCCUGUAUCUGAGACUCCUGCCAAUGGAUGUGACCAACGAAGAGCACUAUAUCGGCCCCGGAGUGUAAGCCUCUUCGAUACAUCGGAAGACCGUCAACCACUGCUGAAACUUCAAAAGACCACCGAUUCAGAUGAGGGAGACAAUGUUUCAGAAGAUCUUUCAAUAUCAGACAAUAAGCUACUCAUGGUACCAGCAGUUACAUUGCCAAAAAUUUCCAGACUAAGCCUUAGAUUUAGAAAACUAAACACAUCUUUACUAGAAGCUGUUAAACAUCGGGAUGUACAAGAAAUUGAAAGACUGGUGCAAGCCGGAGCAAACCCUAAUGCAUCAUGUGGCAUCGACUGUGUUUCAGCCUGUCACUUGGCAGCCUUGAGGACUGAUGGAGCCCUGGAAGUACUGCUAAAAGCAGGAGCAAAUAGAAAAAGGGUGGAUAGACUUGGUCGAACUCCAUUGCACUUGGCCGCUUGGGCAGGAAAUGUUAAACAAGUCGCAAUGUUGCUUGGUUUUUCUAAGGGAUUACAAGAUAGACUAGAUGCUGGCGACAUAAUAGACGCCACUGAGAAUGAAGUUAAAAAUUUGAAUCCAGAUAUUAUAGAAUUUAUCAACGUUAAAUGCGACUUCUGCACCAAUGCCGCGAUACCAACACACUGGAGGGAUAACACAAGGGAAGGUCAUAACAGAAGUCUCGAACGAAAUCUACCAACGUUUCAACUAGGCUGGUCAGCAUUGCACGCGGCGAGUGCACGCGCCCAAUGUCACAGUGCUCGACUCCUUCUAGCCGCAGGCGCAGAUCUAGGUUCACGUGAUCUUGUUGGAAAAACCCCUCUGGAUGUCGCUGGAUCUGCGUUUUAUACUGGUCAAGUUAUUGAUCCUCAGAAAUUUGGUGAAUUAGUGACAUUGCUUGUUGGUGCCAAUAGUCAGAAUCUCACAUUCAAAAACAAGAAAAUAGUUGACACUUCGCUUCACACGGCUGUUGAACUGGGUAGUUUGGAAGCAGUGUCGGUUCUCGUGGGUAUCAAAAUGCCAGUCAACUGGCUUAAUAGGGCAGGAAUGACACCGCUGCAUAUGUGCGUCAAGAAAAAACUUAAAGAGCAUUUGCAGAUAUUAGCAAACCAUGGAUACUGUGAUGGAGAAGAUAAAGAAGUUCCAAUAGCAAUAGAUGUUAAAGACAAGGACGGACACACUGUUCUUUAUAAAGCCAUUAUAGAGGGCUGGGCGCCUGGGGUAAGCAUCGCGAUUGAAGCAGGAUCCAGCGUAAAAGCCAGAGAUAACAAUUAUGAUACACCAUUACAUUUCGCAGCAAUGUUUGGCAAUGUAGAAAUAUUAAAUGAAAUAUUAAAUGUAGCUAAACAUUACGAUGUAAUAGACGCUACUAACACAAGAAGAGAAACAGCUUUAUUUAAAGCAGUUAUUAAUGGUCAUUUAGAAUGUGUUAAAAGACUUCUUGAAGAAGGAGCCUCAAUAACUAAAACUUUAUCAAGACAAGUUAACGUCUUCCAUAUAGCUGCAGAGAAAGGUUACCUAGAUGUCCUCACAGUCUUACUAGACCACGACUAUAUCAUAACUAGGAGAAUGAUCAAUUACCUAACAGCUGACGAUAGAAAAGGAUACGGGCCCAUACAUUUCGCUGUAGAAAACAAUCACCCAGCAUGUGUCAAGAUACUUUUAUCUAGAAACUCUUAUGGAAGUCUAAGAUCUUCUUACGGACUUCAGAAAGGCUCAACACCUUUGCACAUCGCUGCCAUUCAUAAUAACGUGGAAAUUGCAAAAAUUAUAAUGAAAAAUAACGGAGACACUGUCCAUGUCAUCAAUGAUAUGGGAUGGACUCCACUACACACAGCUAGUCAUUAUGGCAGUAGAGACAUUAUUACGCUAUUCCUAAAGGAAGGCGCUGAUUUAUCUAGAGCCACACAUGGUCCAAAUAAAUGUAGGUCGACCGCAAUUGAUAUGAUUAUGAACAAUUUGUCGAAGCCCACUGAAUUUAUGGAAAAUAUAUUUGAUACCUUCAUUUCUACGAAUGAUUUAAACCUUCAUGAUCCAGAUUGUGAAGUUACUGUGAAUUAUAAAAUUUUAGUGCCUAAAGAAGAUGAAAAUAUACAAAUGAACGUCAUAGAUGCCCUCCUGAACACCGGAGAUAGAUAUGGUCAAAGGCGACUACUGGUACAUCCCUUACUGGAAAGUUUUUUAUUCUUAAAGUGGAAAGCUCUCCUACCAUUUUUCUACACGAUGUUAGCAUUCUACGCUUUCUUUGUAAUGUCAUUGACAACGUACAUUAUUUCAGUAUUUUUUUAUAAAGACACAGGUUUUGCAGCACCGAUUAUUUUUAAUACUACCUGUUGGGCUGUUAUUAUGUACAUCACUAUUGUUACAGUCAUGUUACAAGAAGUCCUCUACAUGAACGUAAGCAACGGGUACUUUCUACAGUUAGAAACUUGGAUAAAGUUCAGUUCUGUAUGCCUCGCUGCAAUCCUGCCAUAUGCCACACAAAUUAAAACGGAUAAAGAAUUGGACUGGCCUAGACAUGUUGCCACAGCGGCUCUACUACUUUCUUGGCUGGAAAUGAUGUUUCUAUUAUCCCGAUUUCCAAACUGGGGAUACUAUGUACUGAUGUUUGGGAAGGUAUCUACAAAUGUUAUGAAGAUCCUUCUAACAUUCGCAUUCCUGGUGAUUGGGUUCGCGCUAAGUUUCAUGAUACAGUUUCAUUCCCAAACACCCUUCGAGUCGCCCUGGGCUGCCCUCGUCAAAACUAUAGUAAUGAUGACAUCGGAAUUUGACUACGGUGAUCUUGUCGAAGAAAGUGAUUCGGACCAAUAUGUAACCUCAUUGUUUGUUGUCCGCGUCAUCUUCUUAAUAUUUCUAAUAUUAGCAGCCAUAGUACUCAUGAACCUGAUGGUAGGUGUCGCUGUCAAUGACCUUCAUAAUUUACGAGUACUUGGCAAUGUAAGAAGACUUGGCAAACAAGUAGAAUUUUUGGGAUCCUUAGAACACUUAGUUUAUAAUAAAAUCUUGGAAAAAAUCUUACCAACACGGCUUGACGAAAUGUUGAAAGGGAAGAAAAAGAUAUGUUCUACAUUUGUUCUUAGUCCUAGUGUACCUAAAUCUAAGUGCUAUAGAUCUCUACCAUCCCGCAUUAGGGAGGCUAUUUUCGAAAAAGCUCAAUUUAGAAAAAAACAAAGAGAUGACGAGUUAGGUUCGCAAAACUAUAAAAAGAAACUAGACGAAAUAUACAGAGCUACCGUAAAAUUGAAAAAAGAUAAUAAUAUAUUGAAGAAUGCAAAGACUGAUAGAAAUACAACUAAUAAAAAUAUUAAAGAUGCCGCGGGACACUUAGCAAAACUUGAUUCAGCGAUUAUUGAAAUAAGGAAUCAAACAAAGUUAGAAAUAAAUGAAAUCAAAGCUUCUAUAGAUACUCUGAACAAUAAAAUUGAUAUGAUAUUGAACAAAUUGAGUUUAAUUAUGAUUCGAUUUAAGAAUAGCCACCGUGAUGAUGCCAAAUCUGCUUCAUUACACCUGCCCCGUGAUUCAGAUGAUAGCGUUGUAACUGAUAACAGUAGCAAUAUAUCUGACAUAGUGGAGCAUCGGCAAGAGAAGAUCCAUCGACAACGGAAGUCGAGGAGUCUGGAUAACAGGAAGAGUACGGAAAAACCGGCGGCUACACCAUCAACUAGCGAAUCAGGUGCGACUUUAAAACCAUUUUUCCCAACAGCCCUCGUCAAAAACUUGACUAAGAAUUCCCUGGAAAUACUUGAAUGUACUCUCACGAUGAGGCAAAGUGCCACACAUGUGACCAGAUUGAACACAAGACUUAUCGAGUCGAUGGCCGGUGGAGAAAUGGCGUUUAUGAGCAGGAUGAUGGCAAUGGGAGCCAGUCCCAAUGCAACUUGCCGGCUGAACCACGUGUCCGUGUGCCACCUCGCAGCAAUGCAAAAUACUGACGUCUUGGAGUUACUUAUCAAACACGGAGCUGAUGUGUAUAGAGCCGAUAAGGAAGGCAGAACGCCCCUGCACUUUGCCGCUUGGGAAGGAAACGUCAAACAGAUUGCUUUAAUGCUCAACUUCCCAGAAGGCCUAAGGAGACGCAUUGUGGAAUGUGUUCCUUUGUCAUCGCAAAUAGUUGGAGAAGUAAAAUAUCACAGUACACCAGUACAUGCGCUCACGAACAUGACGUGCAAAUCGAACGAAGAGGUUAAACUUCAAGUAGACUGGAGCGAUGGAAUGGAACACAAUUGCAGGAAUAUCAAAGACAUGUUACCGCCAUUCCAGAACGAAAAGUAUAAACAUGGAUGGUGCUAUGGAUGGACAGCGUUACACGCUGCUUGUGCACGCGCACAGCAUCAUUGCGUAGAACUUUUGAUUGCUGCGGGCGCUGACAUAAAUGCUCAAGACCAAUUUUAUAGGACUCCACUUGAUGUUGUUGGCUAUGCCCACUACAUGGGGUACAAGAUUGAAGAAAAGGAUUUCAAAACAACGAUAAAUCUGCUUCUGACUUCUGGCAAAAAAAUUCAAAAAUGUAGGUACAGUCCUAGUUUGAACUCUAUUGACACUCCGUUGCAUACAGCAGUGGAGCUUGAAAGUGAGGGUUCUGUUGAGCAAUUGCUUCUGAGUGGAGCCUCUGCCACCAGUUGGAAUAGUGAGGGCGCCACCCCUAUGCAUAUCUGCGUUAAGAAACGAAACAAGGAUCUGUUGCAGUUGCUGGCAGAUUUUAAAUACAAUAAUGAAGAUCCGUAUUUGGCAACAAUAGACGUGAAGAAUAAACAAGGUUUCACUGUACUGUGUGCAGCAAUCAAGGAAGGCUGGACACAAGGCGUGUGCAUCGCUCUCGGAGCAAGAGCAAGCAUUACCAUGAAGGCAAAUGGUGAAUCACCUAUUCAUAUAGCGGCGCAAAUGGGCAACAUUGAUAUUCUACGACAGAUAAUAACUAUUGCAAAAUUAACUAACACUCUUGACUUCCGUAACGAAAAAGGAGAGACAGCUCUUUUUAAAGCGGUCAGUCAUAGCCAAUUAGACGUUUUAAAAUUACUUAUUUCCUCCGGUUCUGACGUAGGGCUCGUAACUGCUGUGAAAACCAAUAUUUUCCACAUAGCAGCUGAACAAGGCAAUCAAGAUAUAUUGGAAUAUUUACUUGAGUAUAAUCCUCAUGUUACUGUCAGAUUGGUUAACAAGUCUGAUAAUCAAGGCCCCCCAUUAUUUUAUGCAGUUAAAAACAAUCACCCUGUAUGCGCAGAACUACUAAUUUCCAAAGGUGCACAAGUAGAUAUUUAUGUGCCAUGCAAUGAUUGUAUUGGUAAAGACGUUCUUCAAUGGCAUUCACUUCUGCAUAUAGCAGCAAGAAAAAAUUAUUGCGAAAUAGCAGAUAUAAUUAUAAAACAUGAUAGUAACACCGUCCAUUGCCCUGAUUCUGCUGGACGAACACCGUUACACGAGGCUUGCAGUAAUGGAAACAGAGAAAUGAUCGUAUUACUUCUCCGCAAGGGAGCUGACCUCUCAGAUGUCGGGAGAGGUAGACAACCGAAAUUAAAACUAGCUCCUAUUGAUAUAUUAAUAAAUAACUUGUCGAAACCAACUGAAUUCAUACAAGAAAUAUUUGACUCUUACAUAUCAAGCCAAGGAAGGAGUCUCGAAGAAGCGAAUUGUGAAGUUACAGUCGACUACAGAGUGUUAAUUCCGAGAGAAUCUGACAUGAAACAAAUGAGAGUUAUCAAUGCCUUGAUAAACACUGGAAAUAGAUACGACCAGCAUAGACUACUGCUCCAUCCUUUGGUGCAAACAUUUCUUUUCCUGAAAUGGCAAUCUUUGCUAUCAUUCUUUUACAGUAUCUUGAUAUUACACGCCUGUUUUGUGUUAUCUCUCAAUAUUUAUGCUCUUUCUAUUUUUUAUUACAAAGAUAAAGAAGAAACUGUUCCAAUAUUUUUCCGUAGUAACGUUUGGAUACAUAUCAUUUAUUUGACCAUAUGCAUGAUUGUAAUUCAAGAAAUAGUAUUUGUCAAAAUGAAAAGUAAGAGAUACCUUAUUUGUUGGGAGACAUGGUUGAAAAUCGGAUAUAUAACGCUGGCGGUUUUCUUACCUCGAAUUGUGUCAUGGGAAACCAAGAGUAGUUCAGAAUGGGCGCGGCUUGUCGCCACCUUUGCUCUGCUUUUUUCCUGGUUCGAAAUGAUGUUCUUACUCUCUAGAUUCCCUGACUGGGGAUACUAUGUUUUGAUGUUUGGUAAAGUUGCAAGUAAAGUCUUAAAGAUUUUACUAUCAUUCGUUUUCCUGGUAUUUGGUUUCUCGGUAAGCUUCAUGAUACAUUUCCAUGCCAAGCCUCCGUUCGAAGGGCCCUGGGGCGCUUUCGUCACAACGUUGGUCAUGAUGACAUCCGAAUUUGAUUAUAAUGACUCCUUGAGCAAGGAUAGCAUCUUAAAAGCAUCAGGAUCACUGUUCAUGUCACGUUUGAUCUUUAUUACGUUUCUGAUUCUAGUUUCAAUAGUUCUCAUGAAUUUGAUAGUUGGAGUGGCAGUUAACGACGUCAAUAAUUUAGAAAUUAUUGGUAGUAUUAAACGGUUGGAGAAGCAAGCGGAAUUUAUAACAUCGCUUGAAGAUAUCGUUUGUAAUAAAUUACUUGAAAGUAUACUACCGAAACGCCUGUACAAUAAAUUAAAAAACAACAUAAGGUUGGAGAGCGUUAUCGUUUUGCGACCACGUAAAGCUACGUGCUACAAUCGUAACCGUCUGCCCACUCGGUUGAGAGAAGCCACUUUUGAACGGGUUCAGUUACAGAAGAAGCAAUCUGACGAACACCUAGGAUCAAUGGUGUUUCAAAUGAAACUGGAUGAUAUAUCAUCCACUAUCAAAGGUAUUGCAGAUAAACAAUCCGCGAAUGACAGCACGACACUGAACCAGAUAUUUAACGAAUUACGUGAAAUGAAAAGCGACAUAGACCAAAUUAAACAAUUCAUAGAACUUACAAAACGACGAUCUCUGUGUAGCAAUAAGUCUGUACCAUUAAUUGUUGUGCCUAAAGAACAAUAAAACGCUAUAGUAAGUACAAAAAAAUGCUCAGUGUUUCAUUCAUAACCUUAUUCAUGGUUUUAUUUCAAAUGUACAAAUGU